AUGGCAACAGAAGAUGACGCACACACAAAAGAAGACGAGGACAGCGCCAACGCUGAGGAUCGGAAAGAGCGGUGCUUGGAGAAGGGUAUUCGCACUAAAGAGACGAACGAAGAAGAGCCACAAGAGCCCAAACCGAACAAGUGCAAGUCGAAAGAAUCAAACCAAAGAGAAGAGUCGAAAGAAUCCAAGCAGAUCAUAGAGACCGAGAAAGUCAAGUCUACAAAGGUGAGCGCCAUCAAGCAUGCAUCAACGAUGGCAGAGCAAGUUGUGGAGCCUGUAGAAUACUUGGUGCUUUCACCAAAAUUGCCACUCUACAGCGAACCCCGUGCUGCUUCAGAACGGAUAGAAGAACUUGAAAGCACAGCCUCAAUUUGUGGAUUCCCUGGAAACUUGUCAUGGCUACGCUUAGCAAAGCAGCCUGAGAAAUGGGCUCCUAUCAAGUCAGCCAAAGAAGUAUUCUUGAGUCCCAAAUGGUCUAAUCUGAAAGCAGAGAAAGUUUUCAGUGAAGCCCUUGAAGUGAGUUGGCACGGGCUCAGGGCUCGCAGUCCAUACGUUGCUGCUUACAGAAUCGAGUGGCGACUUACUCCUGGUGAAGAGCUUCCAAUCGGACAAGACGGGGACAGCUUGAAGAAGUCAGGCUAUGCUUUGAGUCUCAAACCAUGUGCAAUUUUACAUGGAUUGCCAGCGGGUGCUGCAGUGCAGUUACGUGCUGGUGUGCGGGUUGCGGCUCAAAGUGCGGGUGAAGCAGAUUUUAGAUUGCUGGGGCCCUGGAAAGAUUUUACAACGGGAAGUCCAAUUCCAGAAGAAGAUGAGCGAGAAACUGCUCGUAAGAUCGAUCCUUUCGGAGGAAUGAGAGGUGGGUGUGCAAGCAGCCAGUGUCGAGGGUACGUUGCGGACCUGGAUGCGAUGGCAUUUGUGGGUGCCAAUGCCAACAAUUUGGUCACAACGGCUAUUUGUGUAAGGUGUGGCAAAUCGUUUGAAGCACAUGAGAAGGUUGAUCCGCAGAUGGCCAAAGCUCCAAAAAGUGUCAAGAGCACGAGCACUUUGGAAGAACAACCGAACUUCGCAAAAUUCCAAGUCGAUCAACAUGGACCCCCCAAGACAUUCGUUGUUCUUCACUCUAUGGUCUUUGUACGAGAUCGAGCUAGUGUAAAGGGGAGGACUUUGGGAGUUGUAAAACAAGGUCACCAUAUCCAGGGAUGGCCUAUCGCAGGGUGGCUCCGGCUCAGUCCAAAGUGUGGCUUUGCAGAAGCCCCUGACAAGCCGGAUGGGUGGGUUCUGAUCCAUGGUGCGGAAGUUGGGCUGGGACAGCUGCUUGAAGAAGUGGAGGACGGGAUGGGUGGCAAAGAAGGUGCCAGAUGGUCGCAGGAUGUGAUGCGCAGUGAAGAAGCAGCCAGAGAAAGCAGGUCUGUCCUUACGGAGCCACUUCUCUUCGAGGUUGGUGAAGCUUCGAUUCCCGUCCAAGACAUGCCACGAGGGGACGCCGCAACAGUUGGACAUCUUCAGCCUGCCAUGUCACUGAAGGGAUUUCCGGCUGGACAUUGGACGCAAAUUGCAGAAGGAAACUACAGCAAAAGAUGGGUCCUGCAGGGUACAAAUGCAAAGCCGUCGUUGACACCGCAGUGGGCAAAGCUACAGUUGCUGCAGGCUUAUGAAGAAGCUCUACAUUUGUCGUGGCGGGGCCUUCCAUCAAUACAGGCUACGAGGUAUACACUAGAAUGGAGAGGGCCAGGUGGAGUUGGCAAAAUGGAUGUUGAACUUGGAAAGACUGAUGCUUUGCUGGGUGGCAUGCGUGCGGGUGCAACGUUGAAGGUCCGGGUCAGGGCCAGUGUAUAUUCACUAACAACUCCCACCGGAGUGAAGUUUGAGGGUGCAUGGACAGAGAUGCAGUGCCUGAACAUGGACAAAACAAUAGCACCAAUGCUAGGAAGUGGAGAGUCUUCCUUGAAAGCUGCUGUCCAUGGGCAAUCUUCAACAGCCUGCAGAAACUUUAAGGUCUUUGAGGAGAGAGCUUUGUGUGAAGAGGAUGCCCAGGAGCCCUGCCGCCGGUGCGGGCAUCCCCGCUCUCUGCAUGAGGCUCACAUUGGCCAAAACAGGAAUGUGCAUCGAGCUAGUUUGAGCGCGAUAGGUGUCAGUGGGCGGCUUGCAAGGGCAGGGCAGCAAGGGCAGCAGGCCAAUGACAGAGGAAAGCAGCCCCGUCGUUUGUGGGCAGUAUCAGGUUAUUGUGGCCACAGUGUAUGUUCGCCAACAGCCAUGUACAACUGCGGCGCCGGUCGGUUUUGUUCACAAAGGAUCUCUUUUGUUCGGAGAGGUCAAAGAUGGAUGGCUUGAACUAUCGUAUGAGAGUUGCAAAGACUUCAACUUCUCUCCGAACCAGGCCUUCAUUGCCACCGAAGGUCGCUUCGCCGAUCGACGGGACUUGGGUGCCUUGUUGGCCCCUGUAGACGCAGAGGAACGCAGCAGCAGGCCAGCCGAGAAAGCAACCAAGCGAAAUCUGGACUCUCUGAGGCAGAGGGCUGAACGUGCCUCUCAAGUCUUGGCCAGCGAGCCCCUCCAGUUUCAGGUUGUGUCGGAGAAGGCUCUUCUUCGUGAAGACCCCGACUUGAAUUGUGUACCGAAGCAUACACUAGGGAAAGGCGAAGUGGUCAAAGGCUUCCCAAGUGGUAGCUGGCUGAGGCUUGAUCGAACUGAUGCGGGCC